CCGGCACUUUUGCGCCGGCCUCCGCUUUGUCAUGUCGCCGAGCAGCCCCGAGCCGUCGCAGCCGCCCCAGCCGCAGCCGUCCAAGCCGCCGCAGCCGCCUGGCGUCAACGUGCACUGGCUCAACGUGCUCUUCUACAUCUACCUGCAUCUCGCCGCCGCCUACGGACUCAUCCUCAUCUUCACCGAGGCGAAAAUCGCCACCACACUUUUCGGUGCGGCUCUGGCGCUGGUGGUGCCGCUGGGGACGACGCUGGCGCACCGUUUGUUCGCUCACAAAAGCUUCGAGGCGAGCACACCCUUCAAAGUAUUGAUAGUCACCCUGCACACCUUUGUUGGCCAGGGCAGUGUGAUUGACUGGGUGCAGGAGCAUCGUUUCCACCAUGCAGUGCGGGGCACGAAUCUGGACCCGUACGACGCACGGCGGGGCUUCUGGUUCGCGCACCUGCACAGCAAGGUGGUGAAGCGGCGGCCGGAGCAGGAGGCGGCCAAGGCGGCCGUGGACGUCUCCGACCUGGCCGACGAUCCGCUGCUGGUGUGGCAGCGCCGGCUCUACCCCUUCGUCAUGCCGGUGCUCGGCUUCCUGCUGCCGACCAACGCGCCGUCCGAGUACUGGUCCGAGUCGCUGAUCGUCUCCGUCUGCGUGGUCGGCGCCCUCAGGCACGCCCUCGUCCUCCACUACGCCUGGCUCCUCACCAGCGGACCCCUCCUCUACGGACUCAAACACGGACAGAACGAGGCGUACUCGAACCAGGUGUUCUUUGUGCGUCGUUCUCGGUGGCCAGACUACCACUACCUGUUCCCGUGGGACUACAAGACGAGCGAAUACGGCGCCUACGAGAGCGACUGGAGCUCGUGGCUGAUCGGGCAAGCCGCCGGCCUCGGCUGGGCCUCCAACCUGAAGACCGUGUCCAGCGACGACAUGAAACAAGCCCUGCAGCUCAGCCUUGACACCAAGCUGCCCAUCGAGCAGACCGUGCUCAGCGUCAUUGCGGCCUCCAACAACGCUGAUGCUGCCCCCGUCGCCUCGUGAUUUUUGUUUCUGUAGAAAAAACGACUUUUGGACUAAAAAAAUUUAAAAUUGA